UCCUGUGAGUGCCGUUCUUCUGGAUUGCAUAUAUAUAUAUAUAUAUAUAUAUAUAUAUGGCGAAGCUCAAAGGUGAGACCUGACCAAAGCCACAGUAAACUGGACAGCCUGUUUGAAAAAUCAACACCAGGAUCAAGAAAAGAGUUGAGGCAAACUAAAAGCUUACUUAAGGUCUCUGAAGGAGGAAGAAGAUUCUGAUUUCAAAAAUAAAAAGGUGCUGCAGAUCAAUUUGCCAGGGAGAUGCUUGGUGUAACAGCUGUAGCUGUAUUAAUCACUAUGGACACUCUACAAAUUAAAAUUGCAUUUUAGUAGAUAUACUCAUAUCUGAAUUGUCUGAUUCUUUAGGCGCAUUCACGUCCCCCAUGUACGUACCAUAUUUCAUGACUGGGAAGUGGAGAUUUGGGAGAUUUCUGUGUACACUGUGGUUAAUUGUUGAUUAUUCUGUUUGCACGGCAUCAUCGCUCACUGUUGCCCUUAUCAGUUACGACAGAUAUCUUUCUGUGACCAAAGCUCCUUUCAACUGGAAUGAGGGCAGCCAUCUGGCAACCACAGAAGAAACAUGGACUGGAGAACGAAAAGAAGGUUUUGUAUCGGUCGCUGCAAAACAAACGUAGUCAUACUUUCGUGAGCAUCGGAUCUGUGUGGAUUUUCUCAUUUCUUCUAUAUGGCCCUGCCAUUCUUUCCUGGAAAAAUGACGAGAUUGACAACAGUGCUCCUGUCACCACAUGUGUUCCUGGAUUUAUUGACAUUUGGUAUUUUAAAUGUGGAACAUCAUGUGUAGAAUUUGCUCUUCCCGUGAUUAGCAUUUCAUUGUUUAAUUUGAGCAUUUACUGCGAUAUAAAGAAACGAGGCAGAAAGAAAAGGCAGAAAUCAAUCUUAGAACUUUCCAAAGGAAAGGAUGGAAAUGAUGGAAAUGUAAACAUUAUCGCAACGAAUAGUGUUCUGUUUUCUUCACUAAAUGCAACGGGGAACCAUGAAACAGAGAAAAAACUUGCACUGUUUCUCAGGCAUUGCUUUCCCUAUAGGAAGCCAUCCUCCUUCACUCAAAAUGAUGCAACACUGCAGCAUAGAAACAUUUCUCAUGUUAAUCUUUCUCGGGAUGAAAAAAUUGCCAAAUCUCUUUCAAUCUUAGUUUGUGGCUUUGUCAUUUGCUGGGCUCCUUAUACAUUUCUUGGCAUUAUCCGUGCUGCUUGCAGUGGUUAUUGUGUUGAAUCCUACUGGUAUGUCAUAACUGUAUGGGUGCUAUAUAUGAAUUCAGCCAUUAAUCCUAUCCUUUAUCCUUUGUGCCAUACAAAAUUUAGAAAAGCUUUUGUUCUAGUUGUAAAGAAGUGCAAUAAGUUCCUUAUAAUAUAAAUAUCCAGUUCAAUAUUUUUAAAAAUAUUAUUAAUAGAUAUAUUUUGAAUAUUAUGAGUGGCAUUCUGUCUUAAUGGAAAUGAUCAGUAAUGGAGUAAAUAAUCAGCUCCAAUGUUAAAAAACCCAACAGAGAAUAAAACAAUUUUGUAUUAUAUAACUUAGAAUAUUAAAUGACAAUCACAGCCCUGUGUUCACACA